CACACCACCAACAGUUUGUCCACGGUAAGUUUUUAGUUGAUAUUUUACUUAUUUUACACACUUCGCCGUUAAAUGGCGACUAAUGUUAACGUUACAUGAGGUUUAAAUUUACUUAAAGACUCCGUAACAUCAGCCUGGUUGUGUUUACAGUCGGGUUUUAAAUUAAAUUAGCAUUUUGUUGUUAAUGGCAGGAAACGAUAAUAAUUUAUGCUAAACGACUAACGUCUCAUUGAGACGAAAAAUGACCAAAAACAUACAUAUAAUGUCUAAAAAUAUACACAACGCAGGCGAGUGAGAAACCUGAGGACGAAGAGAAGAGGGGGAUCAUGCCAAAGAAAGGAGCAGGAAGUAAAGGAGGAGCGAAGAAGGAGGAGAAGAAGCUGCUGUUCUUCCAGCAGAGAGCUCAGGCCGAGGAGGAGAUGGCCAAGAAGAGAGAGGAGAGCCUCACUCUGUUCCUCAAGGACAAAUUGAAGAAGGAGCAGAAGAACACGGAGGUGAACCUGCUGAAGGUGAACGAAGGCUGGCGCUCCAUCCUGCGCCUGACUCGGGGCACCGAGCUGCACCAGGACAUCAAGGUGCUCAGCCAGACGUUCGAGAGGCAGCUGGACGGCCUGGACAGCGUCGUCAAGAAUCUGGAGGGCGACCUGCUGUUGGCGGAGCGUCAGUCGGCCCAUGUGGGGCGCGUUCACCUGCAGCAGCUGGAGCGUCUGCGGGUGAACCAGGGCCAACGGCUGGCUUUUGUGCAGCAGCAGUGGGAGGACGGCAUGCAGCAGGUGGCCGCCAGGUUCAGCCAAGAAAGGACGCAGAUCUCGUCCCACAGCCGGCAGCAGCGGGCUGAUCUGGAGGAUGCAAAGUUCACUGUGGAGCAGCAGAACCAAACCCUGAUGAACGACACCCAGAGACUGUACAGUGAAGCCAUCGCAGCGUACGAGAGCGCUCACUCAGACAGGGUAUCUCACUGCCGUCUUCAAGCUUUCUGAGACACAUUUACAGUCCGUAG